AUGAACCUCAAUGGUUUAAAAAACGUAACAAUAUGGACGACCUUCAAAAAUACCACUGUUAGUCAACUGAUUUGCGAUUUUCUGAAAGAAGAAAAUACGAUUUUACAUUACAUCGAUGCUGUAAAUUCAUUCCCACUGAUGGAAUUUCAAAACUUGGUUCCAGCAAAUGAGGAUAAUAAAAGAGUGUACGAUAAUAUAAUUAUCACAACGAGUUUAAACAUGCAAGAAUUAUAUAAUAUUGUCAAGAAAAUAAUUGAAAAUACUGAAAAGAUACGAUUGAUAGUUAUUAAUGGUCUCGAUAUCAUGUUCAGGAACAGUUCAUUUAAUGAUUCUUCACAAGCGCAUGAGCUACUGAAAAUGGUCUUUCUUAGGGUACGAGGAUCAUAUUCUGGUGGUAAAUUGAAGACGCUGGUACUGAAUCGAACUGGUAGUGUACCAGUACCUAAGAGAAAGAAGCUCAAAACUGAAUCGUCCAAUGGAAUAUACGAGUUUACGUCUAAGUACUAUGCAGAUAUUGAAUUAUAG